UCUUACAAACUCACAAUCCAGGGUCACACUGAUUCAUUGUUUUGCUUUUGCUGAGUUUUUAAUGUAAAAAAUAAAAAUAAAUAUAUCUGCAAACAUUUUACGCAAAAUCAAGAACUCGUUCCGCCAGCGCAAGAAGAAGAACCGCCCGAGGCAGGCCACGCCUCCACUGCCAGCUGCCCCCUUACCAGGAAGUACCGCUUGCUCCUCAAAUUUUGUCCCGCGGAGCACCCACUUUCCGCGGGAGGAGCACCUGACUUCCAAGGAUACCGCCGUCACAAUGGAGAGCAACCUGAACAGGAUCAUUCGGGAAUCGGCCAAGCUGAAACUCAGUGGCCAGCUCAGCAAAUACACUAAUGUGAUGAAGGGAUGGCAGUACCGUUGGUUCACGGUGGAUGCAAAAACAGGAUCGCUGAGUUACUAUUUGUGCGACUCUUCGACGGUGGGCGAUGACAUCGCUCCUUCGCCCCACGUCCUAGCCAGCGCUCCAAGAGGCCAGGUGCAGCUGGCUGGCGCUGUGGUUUACCCAAGUGACGAGGACUCCAGGACCUUCGCCAUCGCCUGUGCCUCGGGCGAUACGGUGAAACUGCGGGCCAACGAUGCCAGAGCCAGGCAGGAGUGGGUCUCCGGCCUGCGGGCAGUCGUGGAGAGCCACAUGAAGGCCAUGGACAUCAGCAACUCCUCACCGCUGCCCCCGCGGGAACUGCUAGCCGCCUCCGAUGCCAUGGUGUCCGCUCGUCAGGCCCUGUUUCUCACGGAACAAUGCAACGCUUCUCUGGCCAGAGCUAUCGAGAGCAUUGACUGUGCUUCCUUCUCGCCCACGGAUCCCGAUCUUCUCCUGCUCAAGGCAAUAUCGACGGCCAGCACCCAGUGCCUGCACCAGUGCCUCGGGCUGCUCCAGCGCCACCAGGAGAUCAAUCAGCCACCGGCCGAGGCCGUUCCUCUUGUGCUCUGAGCUCCAAAGAUAUUUUCCAGUAUCCACUAUGAUAUACCCCAAUAAACACUAAGCCAAAUCGCA